CGCACCCGUGCGUCCGGUCACGUGGUUCCGCCGCGUGUGGCCGCCAGCGGCGCCGGGGCCCGGUCGGGAUCGGAUCGGGACCGGGAUUGGGAUUGGGAUCGGGAUCGGGAUCGGGACCGGGAACCGGGGCCGGCUCCGGGAUGUUCCGCAUCGAGGGGCUGGGGCCCAAGAUGGACCCGGAGGAGCUGAGGCGGAAGAUGCGGCGCGACGUCCUCGCCUCCGUCCGCAAUUUCCUCAUCUACGUCGCCCUGCUGCGAAUCACUCCUUUCAUCCUGAAGAAGCUGGACAGUAUAUGACCUGUCCGGGCCCGGCGCACCCACCCGUGGAAUGACCUGCAGCUGCUCUCCCCCGGGCGCUAAUCAAACGCGGGGUCAGAGGCGGACGGCCGGCGCCGAGGGAUCCACAAUGUCCCGCCUGAGCAUGUCCAGCCACGCUGGCACGAUGGGCAGCAGAAUCCUGGCCGUGCAACGCCCCGUGCUGUGAUCGGCGACUGUGGCACAACAUUCCCCGUGCUGUGUGAACAAAUUCCACGUCCAUCCAUCGCGUGCUGGCAGCUGUGUGCUGCCCACCUCACCCACAUGUCUGUGUGCGACAUCCAAGUCUCCCCUGAAUCCAGCUCACAAGCGGUUUGAUUUGAAAUAAACGGGAGAGCAGUUGUG